CUUACAGAGAUUUUCAUUGUAAAUUGUUGCUUUAUUUUCAAGGUGUUUUCCGACCAGAGUUCCGACGUAGCUAUGAAAAGUAGUAGAGUUAUCGUUUACGUUGGUGUUGGAAGUUGGCAACAUUAUUUGUAUUUGAUUUGUUUCCGGGUAAACACUAAACACAAAGCAGAGUGUUCCACCGGUGUUUUUAUUUUUAACGUCCCUUGUUUCGUGGAAAAUAGAGUAUGUCAUCCAAUGACACGUUUUCGGAACUUGAUCCUGAUAUCAAAAUCCAUCGUCUUUGAUUUAGAAUCUAUGAAUAACGCACUUUACUAGAUGCUCAUGUCCCAGAUGAAUGCAGUAACCCCUUCAAAAAGUCAACUCAUCGAUGAUUCAGAUAUCCUUCGGAUUCUUCUCCAACUUUCCGAUGAACAAGAGCAUGAAUGGAAGCCACAGUACCCGUUCUUGGAUCCCCCUACUGUGUCUCGUGUGGCACAGUCCAUUUCGAAUAUCAUGGCUAGGGGGAAGCCUGGUUUAAGGAAUCAACUGGUGUCUUUGCUGAGGCAGUGGUGUACUGGAAGGUAUAAAUCUGAUGCCUUGGAUCACACUACUUGGAUUGGUCGCUCACUUAGCGCUCCAGAAUGUGUGGAGUCUCUGCUUGCUGUUUGUGCUCCAAUCCUUACAAAUAUUGAGGACUGGAAUAAACGUGAUGCAGAGCAACAGUUGGCCCUGUGCUAUGCUAUGCUUAGUGCUGCUACAAAUUCAGAAAUCCAGUCACGCCUCCAGGCCGGUGAAAUGUGUUUGCUGCUAGUAAGCCAUAUUUUGAGAGAGAAAGACCUCACCACUGCUCAUCACCGAUUUUUGGCUCAAGUAUGGAACUCUGUGGGGGAACUUCCCAUAAAAGUAGAAGUUUUGAUCAACAUGACUGAGAGGUCUUUUUUGGGUAUGGAAAAGACACUUCUUUGGUUGGGUAGGAAAUCUGUCGGGAGUGAAGGACAAAGCGCCCAUGAAUCACUUGAAACAGUAAUCGGUUCAACAAUGUUAAGGAUUUGCAGUCUAUCUGAAGUUGUUUUUCAAAAGGUCUGCCAUCUUUUAACACACAUGAUGGUGGUUAGUGAAGCUCACCCGGGGGUACAAGCACUAAUCAGGGCAUUUAUUUCAAAAGUGGAGGUUGAAUGCCAAACAAGAAAUGAAGAUAUUUGUGCUCUGUAUGCCGAACCAUGCCAAGUUGUAUCUGCUCUUCUGUGUUUGGAUCCAUUACUGCUGCCAGAACAAGGUGAGGAUAAACUCUCAAGAGAUUCAGUAUUUCAGAUGUUACACAAGUUACCCAGGAAAACGGCAGCAUGCCUCCUUUCUCAUAGACCUAGCUGGCUUCUUUACACAUUUUGAGAUCUAAAUUUGUACAUCAGCAUUUUAUUCUCCAAAAUUUAAUUUAAUUGAAACUGGUGUAGUAUGUGGUAAUAUUUGGCCAUGUUUGGAAAGAAUAGAAUAACAUAAUAAAAGUUACACAAGCAACUCAA